AUGGCGCAACUCCCAAUGUUUGAGGGCUCAGCAAGCAAACAAGAACAGGUACGGGAAGUUAUUGUGGUGUUUGGGGCCCCUGUUUGUUUUUGUGCAGCUGAUGCCUGUUGCCCAUUGGAUCUCCUCCGGGGCUCACAGAGAUCUCAGCAAGCAAGGAAUAUGGAACUGCUCAAAUCAGGAAUAGAUGGGGACUUUGAAGAUAAGCGUCGGGGCAGAGCCAAGAGGAGGAGGAAAGGUGGGACUCUGAAAGGUUUCCCAGACUACAGAUGCUACCAGAGAGAGGUGGAGGAAGCCCGGAAGCUGAUCUCUGUUUUAAGAAGCUUUGUACCUCCUGUCUCCUGCAGCCCAGUAGGCCGGCAUCAUGAUACCAUCUCCUUUCAACAACUGCUAUGUCCAGACCCCUCCUGUGAGGUGUGUAAAAACACAACUGCUGAGAUCAAUCGGCUGCUGUUCCCGGAGGCCCUGGAAGAUGCUACUCCCUUGGCUUCCACAGCCCCUGUGACUUCCUCAUCGUUCACUCUCUCCCCUGACUCCUCAGCAGUCCCUCCAGGAGACCUAAUAUCAGCUUCUCUGCCUGAGCCUUCCCCACCACCUGCCUCCACCUUCUCACCUAACCCAGUGACCCCCUUGGCUGACUUUUUUCCACCCUCACCACCGGGUGGCUCUUUGCCACCAGAGUCUUUUCCUCCCUUGGAUUCCGAAUUCCCAAAGGACAAUUUCCCACCCCAGUCCCUUGCCUUUCCUCCAAUCCCACCAAAUGAUGCUCAGACAGUGGAUCCUGUUGUCCAUCCAGAGGCCACUUUGUCUCUAAAUACCAUCUUCUGUCCGGACUCUACCCUUUCCCAAAAUGUCAACCCCUUACCGGAGUUGUCCCAGUUGGUAAAUCCCACUGAGACCUUUGCUUGUCAUAACGCACCACCAACCCUGUCUGUUUCACCACCACCAGACUGCAGUUUAACUGUGACUCAACCUAAAUCGAUUUCCAUCUCAAUGAAGCCUGUUCCAGAGAUCUUAUCUCUAGAUAGCUCUGGUGGGUUGUGUACUUAUGUCCCAACAAUCACAGGCUUUAACCCCUCCAGAUUGUCAAUUUUAGACUUCCCUUCGUGGCAAACUCAUGCCAAAGACUUUUUGCCUUCAACCUUGGCUCCAUAUGAUUUCCAUCAAGAGUUUCUGGCCCUCCAUUCUUCAGAGGCUUCUUCCAGGGGAGACCCUGCAGCCAAGCUUGUGGAGCCUGCUAACCUCUCACUUCUCAGCCCUGAUGGCUUGGCACUUCUAGAGAAACAAGUCCGAAAGAGGAGUGACUUCUGGAUGUGGAAGGAAAUGAGAAAGAGUUCUGUUCCAAAACAAACAAUUGCCGAAAAACAUGACUUGGAAGUUUCCCUUCCUUUCUGGAGCAGCAAAGAUCAAUCAAAGGAGCUGCAUGUGCAUCGGCAGCCCCCAUAUCCUACACCCACCUUGAAGGAGGGCCAUUUACAGCAAACCCCUAUCCAGUUCUUCUGGGGUCUCCCAACUCUGCAUAGUGAGUCCUUGUUCUCUGUUGCCCAUGUCUUAGAUAAUUGUUCCUCCAUCUUUAUUUUUAACAGAGUCUCGAAUGCCUCCACAGAGCAGGAAUCCCCAGUUGUUCCCCAUCCUCUUCCUCUGUCCUUGCCCCAACCCCAGCCCCUACCUAUCCCUCAGGUCCAGCCCCAGGCCCACCUUCAGUCCCCACUCCCCAUCAUGUCAUCUGGUCCUCUAACCCAGAUUAAGGUCUGUGGAGUGUGUUUGCACAGACCUGAGAAGGAAUCAGAGUCUCUCAUAUCAACUGAAAUGCAACAUCUGGAAUGGAACGUGUUGCAGAAGGAACAGGAAACUGUGUGGGGUUUACCCGCUGUUGUCCAAAGAUCCCAGGAGGACUUCUGUCCUUCAGCUCCUAAACCUUCUCUUAAUCACCGGGCCUCCCAGGCCCGUGUUGCAAUCUCUAUCCUUCCUGGACAGUUUCCUCUCACUGAUGAGCUUCGAACAAAACUAGAGCGUCACCUUCAAAAGAGGCUCAUCCAACACCAGUGGGGCCUGUCCCGUAGGAUCUGUAAGUCUCUAUCACUGAUGGGUCCGAGUAUUUUUUCAGAGACACCUAACUUGCAGCGCUAUCAUGGGCGCACAUGGAUCUCUAAGAGUGAGAGUAAAUCGAGCGAAUCUGAAAGCGAUGAGGGGGAGCUAGAGGACGAUGACCUGGAGAAGGACAAUGAUGAUCUGGAGAAGGAUCAGGAACACAACCCAGAGAAUGGCCCAAAAGAUUAUCUGUUGAGUGACCCAGAGAGCUCUUCAGGUAAUGAUAUGGGGUAUGAUUCUGAAAAAGAACUUAGGAGACCAUCAGAGAAAAACUCAACAGUGUCUGUGGAGACUAUAGGUCAGAGACAACUUGAAAAUGUCUUGAAAAUACAUUUGAGCAAAAAGUUUGAGAAUAUCAAUGAGGGUCAGCUCCCCAGGCCUGUGCAUAAUUCAUGGCAUACUAUGAAGCAGACGUCGCUUCUUUCUGAGAACUCCCACACUGAAAUAAAACCCAGAAGUCUGCCACCAUCAGAGGUUCAGGACUACUCCCUGAAUACCUUCCGGGAGCUUCCCUUUAUUGAAUCUAGUACACAACAGAUGCUGGAAGCCCAUAUUAAAAGGUUUCGUAUGAGGAUGACAUGGGGCCUUCCCUCCAGGGUCCUUGAAUCCAUAGAGCUCUUUAAAUUGAUAAAGGACACUUCCCAUUCUAGCUUUUCCUCCUCAACCAACCCGAUUUCUGAGCUAAAUUCUAAACCUGGGGGCUUCAACUCCCUUAGAGGAAGCUCUAAAUCUCUCCAUGGAGACAAAGUGGGAACAGCAAAUUCAGCCUCCAUCCUGGAUCGUCCUCUCCCUGCCGCCUCAACUGUGGGCAAGGAAGAACAGAGAAUUCUGAGGCAAUCACCCUCUGAUAUCAACCAUGAGUUUGCAGAGGAU